GCGGUUUUCCUUCCUGCUCUUCUUUUCGAGAGUGCUUUCUCAAUGGAAAUUCACCAGAUAAAGAGGUGUGCAGCACAGAUGAUUUUACUUGCUGGACCUGGCGUGGUGAUUUCCACUUUUCUUCUUGGAGCUUCCCUCAAGAUUGCUUUUCCUUAUAACUGGAGCUGGUCAACAUCGUUGUUGCUUGGUGGGCUUCUAAGCGCUACUGAUCCUGUGGCCGUUGUAGCCCUUCUGAAGGAGCUUGGUGCCAGCAAGAAGUUGGGUACGAUAAUCGAAGGCGAGUCAUUGAUGAAUGAUGGGACGGCAAUUGUUGUCUAUCAGCUACUUUUAAGGAUGGUAACCGGUUGGACCUUUAACUGGGGAGCUGUCAUCAAAUUCCUAGUACAAGUAUCCCUUGGGGCAGUCGGCGUUGGUAUUGCUUUUGGAAUGGCUUCCGUUUUAUGGCUGGGAUUCAUUUUCAAUGACACGGUGAUCGAGAUCAGCCUUACUCUUGCCGUGAGCUACGUUUCUUACUUCACAGCGCAACAAGGGGUUGAUAUCUCCGGUGUCUUGACUGUGAUGACUUUAGGGAUGUUCUACUCAGCUGUAGCUAAAACCGCUUUCAAGGGUGAGAGUCAACAAAGCUUGCAUCACUUCUGGUAAAUUUUACUAACCUUCUUACUUGAUAUCGUAAUUGAACGACAGAUAAGAGACUUUCUUUCUGGCGCUAGACGUUAUGAUAUGGCCGUCCCUUCCCAAGACAAAAAGCAGUAAUUUCAUUAGAACCUACUGAGUCUGCUCCAACAACACAACAACAUACCCAGUGAAUUC